AAAAAAGUCAGAAGAGUUGAAAGCGGAGAGCAGGGCACAAAGAGAGAGGGAGAGAGAGAGAGAGAGAGAGAGAGAGAGAGGAGCGGAGUAUCCGAUCGGACUUUUUCUCUUUGAAAAGUUCCUCUCGCUGAACAGCUACUUGCAGAACUGAUGAUCUUUACCGAACCGAUCCGCAGAAAGUCAAUCGGGAUAAAGUUCUGGUCUUAAACUUGGGAAGAUGACUCUCCGCGGGACCUGGUUCGUUCCGCUCCUGCUGCCUCUGCUGAUCGCAGCCCAGUAUCACGGGGACAACGGGAUAGUGGUCCCGGAGCACGGCUUCUGUCAGCCGAUCACCAUCCCCCUGUGCACGGACAUCGCCUACAACCAGACCAUCAUGCCCAACCUGGUGGGCCACUACAACCAGGAGGACGCGGGACUCGAGGUGCACCAGUUCUACCCCCUGGUGAAGGUGCAGUGCUCGCCGGAGUUGAAGUUCUUCCUGUGCUCCAUGUACGCGCCCGUGUGCACGGUGCUGGAGAAGGCCAUCCCCCCGUGCAGGUCCAUCUGCGAGCGGGCCAAGCAGGGCUGCGAGGCCCUCAUGAACAAGUUCGGCUUCCAGUGGCCGGACCGGCUGCGCUGCGAGAACUUCCCCGUGCUGGGGGACGGACACAUCUGCGUGGGCCAGAACGACUCGUCCUCGGCCGCCGCCACCGUCCCGCCCGUCCUGCCCGCGCCGGGCACCCCGGACAUGUCGCUGGUCCACCCGCACGACAGGCCUUUCCGCUGCCCGACUGUGCUCCGGGUGCCCCCGUAUCUGAACUACAAGUUCUUCGAGGUGAACGACUGCGCGGCCCCCUGUGAGCCGUCGAGGAGCAGCGGACACAUGUUCUUCAGCGACAAGGAGAUUCAGUUCUCCCGCAUAUGGAUCCUGGUCUGGUCCGUGCUCUGCUGCGCGUCCACCUUGUUCACGGUCACCACCUAUUUGGUGGACAUGCAGCGCUUCAGGUACCCCGAGCGACCCAUCAUCUUCCUGUCCGGCUGCUACACCAUGGUGUCCAUCGCCUACAUAGCCGGCUUCUUCCUGGGGGACAAGGUGGUGUGCAAUGAGGGCUUCUUCCCUGACAGCUACAAGACGGUCGUCCAGGGCACCAAGAAGGAAGGCUGCACCAUCCUCUUCAUGAUGCUCUACUUCUUCAGCAUGGCCAGUUCCAUCUGGUGGGUCAUCCUGUCCCUCACCUGGUUCCUGGCGGCGGGCAUGAAGUGGGGCCACGAGGCCAUCGAGGCCAACUCCCAGUACUUCCACCUGGCAGCCUGGGCGGUGCCGGCCGUCAAGACCAUCAGCAUCUUGGCCAUCGGGCAGAUCGAGGGCGACAUGCUCAGCGGCGUGUGCUUCGUCAGCCUCAGCAGCCUGGACCCCCUGCGCGGCUUCGUGUUGGCCCCCCUCUUCAUCUACCUCUUCAUCGGCACCUCCUUCCUGCUCGCCGGCUUCGUGUCGCUGUUCCGAAUCCGCACCAUCAUGAAGCACGACGGCACCAAGACGGAGAAGCUGGAGCGGCUGAUGGUGCGGAUCGGGGUGUUCAGCGUGCUCUACACCGUGCCGGCCACCAUCGUCAUCGCCUGCUUCUUCUACGAGCAGGCCUUCCGCGCGCACUGGGAGCGCAGCUGGAUCAGCCACAACUGCAGGGGCCUGGCCAUCCCCUGCCCCGCGCACGGCGGGCCCCGCAUGACCCCGGACUUCACCGUCUACAUGAUCAAGUACCUGAUGACGCUGAUCGUGGGCAUCACCUCCGGCUUCUGGAUCUGGUCUGGGAAGACUCUGCAGUCCUGGCACAAGUUCUACACGCGGCUGACGAACGGCAAACACGGAGAGACCACUGUGUAGAACACAUGCACGUCUGUACGGGGUUUUUUGGGGGGGGGGUUUUCCGGGGUCUCAUUUGUCUGUUACAGUAUGAUCCUGUUUCUCGUGUGAUAGGUAAGUAGCACACUUGAGUAGAACCUUUUACUGUAGUUCUCCCUGCAGCAUUUAUAUCCCCCUCAGCCACACGUGCACGUCGAACUGAGAGGUUAUGGUUUGACAAAAGGUACAAGCUGGAUAAACAAGGACUGGAACCUUAACUGUCUGAACAGAUAACAAGCGACGCUCUAUCUCUGCCUAUCUUCCCAAACUCCUCCAUAAAGUCAAGGCGAGUGAUGAUGAUGAUGAUCCACCACCAGCCGAGAACACAGAGAAGGAGGGGAAGUGAGCUGAGGAAGAAUGACAUGUCACCUGUAAUUAAAAUCCAAAAACUGUAAAUAGUAUUUGUAAAAAAAACUAAAAACACACAAAAUUAUAUAUUUGUAUUUAAAGUUAAGUAAAUACUUUCCCUCGUCUGCUGGUGUACCAUACUUUUACUCUUGCACUGUAAAUAAUGCCACAUACCAAAGAUCUGGACAUGCUCCUUCUUCUUUUUCUUUCUUUUUGUUAUUAAUCGCUGGUUAUAAAUCAUGUUUUGUUUUUUUAUGGAUUAAAAGAAUGUCUACAUUUCA